ACAACAACAGCAAGUCUAUCUGCAAGAGCAACAACAACUACAACUACCUGUUCUCUUAACAAUCUAACUGUUGCGUGCGCUGCUCUGCCAACGCCGACGUCUUUGUCUCGUCUCGUCGCCCCGAGUCUUAACAUACAGUAUACAUGUAAAUGUAUGUGCGUGUGUGUGUAUGAAAAUUGUGUUUUUUUUAUAAUUUCGUAUAGUCAGUGCAUGUCAAAAUUAGUCAAAAAAAAGAAAGAAAAUAAGAUAAAUUAAUGUAUGUGUGGUGUGUAUAACGGUUAUUGAAAAGACGCUACUUAGCUGCUCCAAUUUGGAUACGAGAAAUAAAUCUAUUUAAACAGUUACCUCCCCUUCUCAAUAUGGCCCCUAUGCCACGCAUACAACUGCCAAAUGGCAACAAUGGAGCCCUCAAAGCCUCGACAAAUAACUUUUUAUAUGCCGAAACAAUGUCUGGUGAUAGUAGUCCCACGCCCAGCAGUCCACCAUCGAGUACAGCUGGCGUUGCCAAAUCGCAAUGCUCAUCAUUAUCGGAUGGUGAAUCCUUUGAAGGCUAUGGCGAAAAUGACUAUCCCACUCAGUUGAGAGAAAAUGGCAGAAACUCCAUAAAUGGCAACAGCAGCAACAUAAACAACAAUAAUAACAACAAUAGCAAUAGUAAUAAUUUGAGCAAUGGCAGCGGCAGUAAUAGCACGAAUGGCUCCAAUCACAGUGAUCACUCGAACGAUGGCAAUAACAAUUUGAAUGGAACUACAGGCAUUGAGUUGGACUUGGCUCCACAUGUGGGCUCAUCCACUCCCCAAGAUGAUGACGAAUUGAACAUUAUGCCGCGAGACAAUUGGGCUAGACGUAGUCUUAGAAGAACGCCCACAAGCAAUCCCGAUAGUUUAACUCAACGUCGUUGGGGCUCAAUGAGACAUUCCGGCCGCAGGCAGAUAAGUACCAAUGCCUUAGCCAGCCAACUCUACAGAUCUUCGAGCUUUAACUCAUCGGGCCGUAGUUCCAACUGUGAUACAACUGAAGACAUGUACAGCGAUAUAAGUUUGGAGAAUCGUCAUGAUUACGAUUAUAGGCUGGAGCUGCUGCAACGCAAAGUGGAUGAUCUAUCGGAUACACAGAAUAUAGCCGAGGAUCGCACAACGCGCACCAAAACCGAAUAUGCAGUACUCCAGGCUCGUUAUCACAUGCUCGAAGAGCAAUACAGAGAGUCGGAGUUACGCGCCGAGGAGCGUAUGGCCGAGGAGCAGAAGCGUCAUCGCGAGAUUCUUGCACGGGUCGAGCGUGAGGCAUCGCUGCAGAAUGAGAAUUGCCAGAUGAAAAUUAAAGCGGCCGAAAUUGAGGCCAAUGCCCUGCGCGAUGAGGCUCAACGUUUGCGUGUCUUGUGCGAUAAACAGGCCAACGAUUUGCAUCGCACCGAAGAGCAAUUGGAAUUGGCACGCGAUCAGAUAGCAGCCCUCCAACAGGAAUACGAUGAGCAGCAGCAAUCGUUGCGUAAACAGGAGCAGGAGAAGAAAUCGACGGAGGAGCUAAUGCUAGAGCUAAGUCGCGAAUUGCAACGUGUCCGGGAGGAGAAUGGUGCACGAGCCAUGCCCACAACAUCACCGGAGAGUAUAAGACUGGAGGAGCUGCAUCAGGAGCUUGAGGAGAUGCGGCAAAAGAAUCGAUCACUCGAAGAGCAAAAUGAGGAGCUUCAGGCCACCAUGCUGACCAAUCAGGCCACCAUGCUAACAAAUGGUGUGGAACAGGGUCGUCAUCUUUUGAAUGGCACUCUAAAUAGUCUCGCCCAGGAGCUCGAGGAGAUGUCACAAGCUCAGCUCCAGCAAGCCUUUCAGGAAAAGGAGGAUGAGAAUGUACGGCUAAAGCAUUAUAUUGAUACGAUUCUACUCAAUAUCGUCGAGAACUAUCCCCAAUUGCUGGAAGUCAAGCCUAUGGAGCGUAAAUAGAACAACAACAAAGUCGCCAGAAGAAAAAACUUCUUCGAUUAACUAAGAAACACACACACAUACACCAACUAACUAUAUAAUUAACUAUACUACCAUAAUAAUAUAAUAAUAUUAAUAUAUAGGUAUUACAUAUAAGUCAUAAUUUAUUUUAUAACAAUUUAUUGUAAUUUUCUUUUUUUUUUUAGAAUGUGAAGAGCGAACAAAAACAAAAAGCAUUACAUGUCAAAUCCUUAAAAGAAAAAUUCAUAUUUGUAACAUAGCAAAAGAUAAUUUGUUGAUUUCCAAGGCAAAACUGUUUCUAGUUUUUGUAGUGUAGUAAACAAAAAUAGUAUAUUGAUUUUUUUUUGUUUUUUUUUAUUUUAAUUUUACAUAAAGAUAUUUAAUCUAUAUACCUAUAUAUAUCUAUAAACAUAUGUGUUGAAGAAGAACUUAUAUUAUUAUUUGUUAGAUAGUAAGACAAUUACAAUAAUUUAUUUUUGAUGUCGACAAGUAGAAAAAAGAACUCUGUUUUUAUCAUGUGAAAAUCGUAA